UGUACCUGAUUCUUUGCACCACUUGUCAUUUUUCAUGAAAAACCCAACAAAACUGCAAGAGGUUUUACUCGACAACAAUUGCUAAAUUUUUCCAAGUGGUUUUGCAACGAUUGGCGGACAAAAAAGGUGCUAAAUAGGCGCCUGGAGCUGUGAGCGGUCAGCCAUUAGCGACCCGGAGUAUUUAGCACUUUUUUUAGCGGCAAGAAUUUAGCAACAGGUUGCGACGGAAAAGCGACUUUCGAGAUGAGUUGUGCGGCGCCCCGAUGUCGACCAAAAUGUGGGCCAUGUGGACCGUGUGGACCAUGUGGACCCUGCGGCGGUUGUGGAUCCGGCUGCUCGCCCAGCGGCCGAGGUGGCCGCUGUGGAUCCUGCUGCGGAUCAGGCGGGCCCUGCAGGGGAUCCUGUGGCGGAUCCUGCGGUGGAUGCUGCAGUGGAUGCUGCAGUGGAUCCUGCGGCGGAUGCUGCGGUCCGCCGCCCUGCGCGGUGGUCUCAUACCGCCUGAACUGCGGCCCCGUGGGUCCCGUGCUGCCCGGCAUGAAGUGCACCUUGAACUGCAACUGCAACUGCGGAUGUUGCAAUGGCAGCUGUGCCCCGCCCUUCUACUUUGUGCCGAACAAUUGCCGAAAUUGCUGGGAAUGGGGCUGUUUUGGGCCCCUUUACUAGUGCCUCGUACUUUCCUUUUGUUGCACUUUUGAUGGAACUUUUCAUAUAUUUGAAUGCAAUAAAUUCACGUGUCAGCCAGA